GUCAUUUUCCAAUUGGCACUUGAGUUACUGCGUCUUCAUCUUCCCAUUUUUUCCGGCUCUCUCGAGCGUGAAGAAAUCACCAAUACUCUUCUGCAUCUCUCUCAUUUCUUUAAUCGUCUCAGCAGUGAAUCCUCUUCACCAAAUAUCCGCUACACGCUCACGUCACCCGAGUUGUCUUUGCGACUGUUUUUCCCUGAUGGUCAUGAAAAGCCUGUCACAGUGGAACAACUACUCAAAUCAGCUAGAUUCAACUUUGGUGGCACGAUCACAUUCGAGAGGAUUGAGGAGUUGCGAAUGGCUUGUCGCCUUCGUGUAAUUCAUGCUCUUUCUGACAGUUCUGUGCGGGAAGCAAUUCGUUUUCUACAGCCCCAACUCUCUACUAGACCCGAAGAUCUGGCUGCUGUUUGCUUUGCUUAUAGGGAGCACUAUGUCACAUCGCGUUAUUAUAGAAUACAACAGGCGCAACCGGCUGUACAAUAUGGACAAGUAAGCUCACUUAAUCGACCCUCCUAUGACAUGCAUCGCAUUGAUGCGGAUCAGUUUUCCAGUCUCUUUCGAUCUCAAGCCCCAUCGACGUGGACGUUCCUCGCCUUACCUCUUUUCCGUCUUCUGGAUGCUGAUUUGGACAAUCUCAUCAAUAUGCGGGAUUAUGCAUGGCUACUGCUUCUUAUCGCCUCAUCUGACUAUCGUAGAAAGCUUCGUCUUCUCUUCACAGUACAUUCUCCUGAUUACAUCCUUCCUGAAGAUCGUAAUGGUUUUUGGGAUCGUCGAUCAUCUGCUUCCUCUCUUUCAAACAACAGCUCACCUCCGAUCGUUGAAUGUGCCGAGGAGUUGACAGAAGAGACCACUGUUGUUGGCAUAAUGAAAGAAGAGGGUUCGAAAUGCGACCCCUCAAGUGCUCCUGAGUUUCGUAGUAGAAAAGAUAGUUUUCGCUUCAUCAAUGUUCAAUAUACGGGUCCUGAGGCUUUGGAGGCACCUGCUGCGUUGACAAAACCCUCCUUCAUUGACUUACUCAAAACAAUCAAUUUCAUCCUACUUAAUGAUCGGAAAAGUGAGCACGAUCUUCUCCAUGCUUUGGCUCGGUUGGGCCAACAAUGUCAAAUUACUGUGACAAGAAGGAACAGCACUCUGGCGGCAGAAAGUGGGGCAGAACCGGAAUGGAAAAUCGAAUUUAAUGAUUUCCAAAAUGCCGUUUAUUGCAUUCCCGAGCUGGUUUUGGCAUUCAGUCAGCCUAUUACUUUGGCAUCUCGGAUUAAUAGAAAUGGAGAUGAUCUCGCACCAACUACUUGA